AUGCCGCCCUCGGGGCUGCGGCUGCUGCCGCUGCUGCUCCCGGUGCUGUGGCUCCUCGUGCUGACGCCCGGCCGGCCGGCCGACGGACUGUCCACCUGCAAGACUAUCGACAUGGAGCUUGUGAAGCGAAAGCGCAUCGAGGCCAUCCGUGGCCAGAUCCUGUCCAAGCUGCGGCUCGCCAGCCCCCCGAGUCAGGGGGACGUGCCCCCCGGGCCACUGCCCGAGUCCGUGCUGGCCCUUUACAACAGCACUCGCGACCGGGUGGCCGGGGAGAGAGCCGAGCCCGAACUCGAGCCUGAGACCGACUACUACGCCAAGGAGGUGACCCGCGUGCUGAUGAUGGAGACCAAAGAAGGCAUCUACAGCAAAUUCAAGCAAAGCCCGCACAGCGUGUACAUGUUCUUCAACACGUCGGAGCUCCGGGAAGCGGUGCCUCAGCCUGUGUUGUUGUCGCGGGCAGAGCUGCGCCUGCAGAGGCUCAAGCUGGGCUCUGAGCAGCAUGUGGAGCUGUACCAGAAACACAGCAACGAUUCCUGGCGCUACCUCAGCAACCAGCUGCUGGUCCCCAGUGACUCACCCGAGUGGCUGUCCUUCGAUGUCACUGCAGUGGUGAGGCAGUGGCUGAGCCAAGGAGGCAAAGUCGAAGGUUUCCGCCUCAGUGCCCACUGCUCCUGUGAGAACAAAGAUAACACACUCCAAGUGGACAUCAAUGUAGGGUUCAGUGCCAGCCGCCGGGGGGACCUGGCCACCAUCUAUGGCAUGAACCGGCCCUUCCUCCUCCUCAUGGCCACCCCACUGGAGCGGGCCCAGCAGAUGCAGAGUUCCAGGCACCGCAGAGCCCUGGACACCAGCUACUGCUUCAGCACCACGGAGAAGAACUGCUGUGUGCGGCAGCUCUACAUUGACUUCCGCAAGGACCUGGGCUGGAAGUGGAUCCACGAACCCAAGGGUUACCACGCCAACUUCUGCCUAGGGCCGUGCCCCUACAUUUGGAGUCUGGACACGCAGUACAGCAAGGUCCUGGCCCUGUACAACCAGCACAACCCGGGCGCGUCGGCGGCGCCGUGCUGCGUGCCGCAGGUGCUGGACCCUCUGCCUAUCGUGUACUUCGUGGGCCGCAAGGCCAAGGUGGAGCAGCUCUCCAACAUGAUCGUGCGCUCCUGCAAGUGCAGCUGAGGCCCCGCCCCACAGGCCCCGCCCUAUCACAGGCCCCGCCCCGGCAGGCCCGGCCCCGCCCCCAGCCCCGCCCCCACCCGCCGCUGGGGGCUUUAUUUAAAGACACCGCGCCCCUAGCCCACCUGGGGAUCCAUUAAAGGUGAAAAGACUGGA